AGACCAGCUGCUGCUGCUCCAGAACCAGUCAAGGAAGCAGAACCAGCUGCUGCUGCUCCAGAACCAGUCAAGGAAGCAGAACCAGCUGCUGCUGCUCCAGAACCAGUCAAGGAAGCAGAACCAGCUGCUGCUGCACCAGAACCAGCUGCUGCUGCUCCAGAACCAGUCAAGGAAGCAGAACCAGCUGCUUCAGCCGCAGAACCUGCCCCAGAACCAGUCCAAGAAGCAGCGGCCCCCGAAUCAGAAGUUUCUCCAGAAGCUUUAUUACAACAAGCAGAUGCUGCUGCUGCAGCGGAAGCUGCCGCAGCAGCCGAAGCCGCCGCAGCAGCCGAAGCCGCCGCAGCAGCCGAAGCCGCCGCAGCAGCCGAAGCCGCCGCAGCAGCCGAAGCCGCCGCAGCAGCCGAAGCCGCCGCAGCAGCCGAAGCCGCGGCAGCAGCCGAAGCCGCGGCAGCAGCCGAAGCCGCGGCAGCAGCCGAAGCCGCCGCAGCAGCCGAAGCCGCCGCAGCAGCCGAAGCCGCCGCAGCAGCCGAUGCCGCCGCAGCAGCCGAAGCCGCCGCAGCAGCCGAUGCCGCCGCAGCAACCGAAGCCGCCGCCGCGGCCGCUGUCGCUGCAGUAGAAGCAGCUUCCACAACGCCUUUGAGUGAAGACACAGGAGAAGAGUCGUUGGGGAAAGUAACAGCUGUCAUCGGUGCCGUGGUGGACGUCCAGUUCAAAGGAAGUCUACCACCUAUUCUCAAUGCGCUGGAAGUGGAGGGCCGCACGCCGAGGCUCGUGUUGGAAGUGGCGCAGCAUCUCGGCGGUAACACAGUAAGAACAAUUGCCAUGGACGGUACAGAAGGUCUUAUACGUGGACAAACUGUGACUGAUUCAGGCAGUCCCAUUUCAAUUCCUGUUGGUCCCUCGACACUUGGCAGAAUCAUGAACGUUAUCGGCGAGCCCAUCGACGAGAGAGGCCCCAUCGACUCCAAAGCCUACGCCGCCAUCCACGCAGACGCACCGAGCUUCGAGGACAUGAGUGUUGAACAGGAAAUCCUCGUGACGGGCAUCAAGGUGGUGGACAUGCUGGCUCCUUACUCGAAGGGAGGGAAAAUCGGUUUAUUCGGUGGUGCUGGCGUGGGCAAAACCGUACUUAUUAUGGAGCUCAUCAAUAACGUGGCCAAAGCCCAUGGUGGAUACUCUGUCUUCGCUGGCGUGGGAGAGAGGACGCGCGAGGGAAAUGAUCUGUACCAUGAGAUGAUCGAGUCCGGAGUCAUUUCACUCAAUGAUGAUACGUCUAAGGUAGCCCUUGUGUACGGCCAGAUGAACGAGCCACCCGGUGCCCGAGCUCGUGUGGCACUCACCGGUCUCACUGUGGCGGAGUAUUUCAGGGACGAAGAGGGCCAAGACGUGCUUUUCUUUGUGGACAACAUUUUCAGAUUUACGCAGGCAGGUUCCGAGGUGUCUGCCCUCCUAGGACGCAUCCCCUCUGCGGUGGGAUACCAGCCUACCCUCGCGACCGACAUGGGCAGCAUGCAAGAGAGAAUUACCACGACCAAGAAGGGCUCUAUUACGUCAGUGCAGGCCAUCUACGUGCCAGCCGACGACCUGACGGACCCCGCUCCCGCCACCACCUUCGCCCAUCUCGACGCCACCACCGUGCUCUCCAGGGGCAUCGCUGAGCUGGGCAUCUACCCCGCUGUGGACCCCUUGGAUUCCACGUCGAGGAUUAUGGACCCGAAUAUCAUCGGCGACGAACAUUACACGACGGCCAGAGGAGUUCAGAAGAUCUUGCAGGACUACAAAUCCUUGCAAGACAUCAUCGCCAUUCUGGGUAUGGACGAGCUCUCCGAAGACGACAAACUGACCGUGUCCAGAGCUCGUAAAAUCCAGAAGUUCAUGUCGCAGCCUUUCCAAGUCGCCGAGGUGUUCACUGGCUACGAGGGAAAGUUCGUCAGUCUUGAGAACACAAUAAAGAGUUUCAAGGAAAUCUUAGCCGGGACGUACGACAAUUUGCCCGAAGCCGCUUUCUACAUGGUCGGUGACGUUUCGGAAGUGGAAGCGAAGGCAGCUCAACUUGCACAAUAAGGGGGGGGUGGGGGCUUUCCUUGUACAAAAUAAAGUAGACUGAGAAAUGUUAUUAUUUGAGGAUGAUUUAUGAGCAAGUCAGAUAGGAUGUGUAUAAAAAAAAAGACGAAGUGGGUUAUUGGAGAAGAGAUAUAUAGAUGUAGGGUUGAUAAAUGUGUCUAAUGUUGUGAUAAACUCAGUACACAUUAUGAUGGUUUUUAAUAAAAAGAUAUUUUGAA